AUGUUUCUAGCCAGGGCACAAAAUUACAGUCACGGAGACUCAGGCAAAAUAUACUGCACAUAUGAUGUACAACUUGCAUUUAUUCUCUCCUCCUUUGUGAUCUUCUUCGGCGGACUCUUCCUAUUAAUCAUUUCCAGGAUAAUUUGGAGGUUCACAAGAAGAUGGCACAAAAUCAAAGGAACGGGAGUUUUCUUGGAAUUUUUCCUAUCAAAAUUCAUGGACCAAGGAAAUUUCAAUACUCUUCACAUCCAGGGAGUAUUUCAUGAUCAUAUAGAAAUGCUGCUUUCAGCACAGACCUUUGUGGGUCAAGUUUUGAUGAUCCUUGUCUUUUUACUAAGCAUUGGAUCUCUCAUAAUCUAUUUCAUCAACUCUUCAGAUCCUGUUGCAAGCUGUUCUACAUAUGAUGAUGACACUAUUCCUAUUGAUUUGAUAUUCAAUGGUUUCUUUAGUUUCUAUUUUGGAUUGAGAUUUGUGGCAGCUGAUGACAAGGUCAAGUUUUGGUCAGAAAUGAAUUCACUUGUAGACAUCUUUACCAUUCCACCAACCUUUAUUUCCUAUUAUUUAAAGAGUAAUUGGCUAGGUUUAAGAUUCUUAAGAGCACUGCGACUGCUAGAACUCCCUCAAAUUCUGCAAAUCCUGGGGGCUAUAAAGACCAGCAACUCAGUGAAGUUUUCUAAGCUGCUAGCUAUAAUUCUCAGUACCUGCUUCACCGCCGCAGGAUUCAUACACCUGGUAGAAAACUUUGGUGACCCCUGGCUCAAAGGUAGAAAUUCACAGACGCUAUCAUAUUUUGAAUGUGUUUACCUGAUCGUUGCAACAACCACAACAGUUGGCUAUGGAGAUGUAGCAGCCAAAACAUCCCUAGGACGCACCUUCAUUAUAUUCUUCACUCUGGGGAGCUUGGUCCUAUUUGCUAAUUAUGUUCCGGAAAUGGUAGAAAUUUUAGCCAACAAGAGGAAAUAUACCAAGUCCUAUGAAGUUCUUAAAGGGAAAAAGUUCAUUGUGGUCUGUGGGAACAUCACUGUGGAGAGUGUGGCUGCCUUCCUAGGGAAUUUUCUCCGUCUAAAGUCUGGGCAAAUCAGCACUGAAAUUGUGUUUCUGGGAGAAACUGCUCCUUCCUUGGAAUUGGAAGCUAUAUUUAAAUGCUACUUGGCUUAUACAACUUUUGUUUCUGGAUCUGCAUUAAAAAGGGAGGAUCUAAAGAGAGUUUCAGUGGAAGCCGCAGAAGCAUGCUUGAUCAUCGCCAAUCCUUUGUGCAGGGACACACAUGAAGAAGACAAUUCAAAUAUUAUGAGGGUGCUCUCUAUCAAGAACUAUUACCCUAAAACCAGAAUCAUCAUACAGAUACUUCAUUCCCAUAACAAGAGUUUUCUGUCAAAGAUUCCCAGCUGGAACUGGAACAAUGGUGAUAAUAUCAUCUGCUUUGCUGAACUAAAGCUUGGAUUUAUCGCUCAAGGUUGUUUGGUGCCAGGAUUGUGCACCCUUCUGACAUCCCUGUUUAUUAAGCAAAGUACAAAGGUGAUUCUUAAACAUCCCUGGCAACAUUACUUCUUUAAUGGCCUGCAUAACACGAUCUUGACGCAGCGUCUAUCUGAUGAUUUUGCCGGAAUGAGUUUUCCUGAAGUUUGCCGGAUCUGCUUUGUAAAGAUGCACAUAAUUCUGAUAGCCAUCGAACACAAAUCCCUGUUUUAUGGACCCAGUCGCCUGAUGUUAAAUCCACCUGCACAAGUUAAGCUGCGUAAGAACACAUUAGGAUUCUUUAUUGCUGAAUCUCCAAAGGAAGUGAGAAGAGCCUAUCUGUAUUGUAUCAACUGUCACAGAGAUGCGUUUACUCCAGAUAUGAUUGAUAAAUGUAACUGCAAAGGCAGAAGCCAAAGACUAAUUGUUCCUACUGUUUUUGAUAUGGGCGAGUGCACUCAAGGGCUCUCGGGGAGGCUCUCAGGGGAAGACAGUCCACCAAGAAUUUCUGACACUACAUGCUCUCUGAAUAAGUUUUUAUUCUUCCUAUUUAGGCAUUUUCGAAGUGAAGGGAACAGCAUGCUCGAUGGCAGUGGCAUGUUUCACUGGUGCAAACCGGUCCCUGUGGAAAAUGUGAUUCUGAAACGAACUGAGAAGUCCAAACGUGAUUUUCAGAACCAUAUUGUAGUGUGUGUCUUUGGAGAUGCACAGUCGACACUGAUCGGGCUGCAGAAUUUUGUAAUACCCUUGAGAGCUAGCAACUAUACCCGGCAAGAAUUAAAGGACAUAGUGUUCAUUGGUUCACUGGAUUAUCUGCAGAGAGAAUGGCGAUUUCUUCGAAAUUUUCCCAAAUUAUUCAUUAUGCCUGGAUCUGCACUCUAUACUGGGGACCUCCAUGCAGUAAACAUAGAGGAAUGUUCCAUGUGUGUUGUCUUAUCCUCCCCAUCCAAGUCCUCACACAGCUCGACUCUGAUGGACACAGAGAACAUCAUGGCUACCCUCAAUAUCAGAUCACUGAAGAUUUUUUAUUCUUUCCCGAAAACCAUUGAUCGAUUGUCACCACGGUUGACAAAGAAGUUAAAAUUCCGAAGAGUUCCCACCCUCACUGAACUGAAAAAUCCUGCCAAUAUUCACUUUAUUGAACAGCUGAGUGGGAUGGAAGGACCCAUUCCAGGGACAAACCUGCAUCUCAGCACCGCCUUUGCCUCCGGCACUGUCUUCUCUGGCAACUUCUUGGAUUCUCUCCUGGCCACAGCCUUCUACAACUAUCACGUCCUAGAAUUACUUGAAAUGCUGGUGACAGGAGGAAUCAGUUCUCAGAUGCAAUCACAUUUUGAUAAGGAUAAGGAUAAGUUCCAGGAGCCAAUCCAAAGCAGUACAAUUCUGACUGGAAGAAUGAGGUGUAAGCUGGGGCUCCUGCCCUUGGAAGAAACCAUUCUAGCAGAUAUUCAGCCAAGAGAAAUGUUUGGACAAUUAUUCUGUGGCUCAUUAGAUGCAUUUGGAAUUAUGUGCAUUGGCCUAUAUCGCCUUAUGGAUGAAGAAGAAGAUCAAAAAGAUGAUCGCAGGUUUGUGAUCACCCGGCCCCCCAACGACUUUAUUCUGCUGCCCUCAGACUUCGUGUUCUGUGCCAUUCCUUUCAGUGUUGCCACAAAGAAGGAAAACGAGUCCGUCAGUCUAUAUGAAUAUCCAAGCUCAAUCGACAAAUCAGAAUUUAUAGAUCCAUUUCCUUCCAGAAUGAGUUUCAUUGAAACUAGGACAUACUCAUUGCCGAAUAUAAAUAUAAAACCCAAAUCUUUACCUGUAAGUAAAAUCAUCCCCAGAGAUAAUGACUUUGAACCAGAAAAACGAAACGAAAUCACGCCCAUCUUAGUGCCUGGUGCUUAG